AUGCAUAGAGCUUGUGACAGGAAUGAAAGGGCCUACCUACAUCAGUUCCAAACGCAAAACCACCAUGGUAGUGCCAUGCUCGAAGACGUCAGAGCUAUCACCACCUUUUCUUUAGGCAAAUUCCUAGUCAUUCCAGGCCUAGCUCUUUCGUUUUUCUACACAUUCUUGUAUAACCUUCCCUGUCAUAAAGCUUCUGAUCUUUGCUCACCGUUUGAGGUCAUAUGGUCGAGUUCACCUAUAACUACGGAUUAUCCCACCAAUGUUAGCCACAUUAAGUUUGUUUUAGUCGGUAGCUUAAAAACAUGGAAGCAAAGAAGAGCAUACACUGAAGCCUGGUGGGGGCCAAAUGAAAAUAGGGGAAAUAUCUUUCUGGAUUCACCUCCCUCAGAAGAAUUUCUACCUUGGCCUGAAACUUCUCCUCAUUUUCAGGUCAAUGAAGAUGCCACUAAGGUAGCAGUAUACCCUAAGCUUGCAAACCCAUUUGAAGCAAGAAUCUUCCGUUCGGUUUUGGAUUCAUUCAGACUAGGAGAUAACAAAGAUGUGAGAUGGUUUGUAAUGGCAGAUGAUGACACUCUUUUUUUCGUCGAUAAUUUAGUAGAGGCUGUCAUAUCAAACUUUCUUUUCUUCUUUGAUAUGGCUUAUGGGGGAGCUGGAUAUGCUUUGAGCUAUUCCCUGGUAGAAGAACUUGCGCCAUUGAUGGAUGAUUGCCUUGAUAGAUAUCCAUUCAUGCAUACCAGCGAUUAUCUAUCAUUCUCGUGUUUAUCAGACUUGGGUAUUGGUCUGACCGUUGAAAGAGGCAUGCUAUCAUCUCAUCCGCAAUCCCCAAUUGUUACACUUCACCAUUUUGACAACAUAGACCCACUUUCCUCUUCCAAGAACCGCACUGAAUCAAUGGAUCAUCUCAUGGAAGCUGCCAAAGUUGAUCAAUCACGUCUGGCACAACAAACAAUCUGCUAUCACAGGCCAAAGAACUGGUCUUUCUCAGUGUCAUGGGGCUACUCGGCUCAUCUAUAA